UACUUCAACAAAAUGCCUGAGAAUGAGAGGAAUCCAAAGGAAACCUUAUGUGAUGUCUACUUUUCGGCUCUUAAUUUCAAAGAUGUGGUGUUAGUGUCGGGAAAGAUACAGCCGGGACCGGAGUCGGCCCUAUUUGACUGCAUCAUAGGCUUGGAGUUCGCUGGCCGUCGGUCUGACACCGGGAAACGGGUGAUGGGAAUGGUUCCGUUCAAAGGCAUCGCCACCACUCUCUUGACACACAAAGACUAUCUCUGGGAAGUGCCCGACAAGUGGUCGCUGGAGGACGCGGCCACCGUUCCCGUCGUGUAUAUCACCGCCUAUUACUCGCUCAUCACGAGAGGGCAGCUGAGAGCGGGCGAGUCUGUGCUCAUCCAUUCGGGCGCCGGCGGUGUGGGACAGGCG